UCACACCCACGACCGUGAUGCCCGAACAUUGCUUUCUAGGCUUCCUCGUCAGUGUCUUCCUGACUGGCGUGUUAGGAGCCCAGCCAGCCCAUGGGUCUCUGAAGCCUCAGAUGGUACAAUUUCAGUCCCAAAAUUUUCACAACAUUUUGCACUGGCAGCCUGGGAGGGCGCUGAUGGGCAAGAGCAGUGUCUACUUUGUGCAGUACAAAAUGUAUGGAGAGAAACAAUGGAAAAGUAAGGAAGACUGCUGGGGUAUUCAAGAACUCUUUUGUGACCUUACCAAUGAAACCUCAGACAUACAGGAACCUUAUUACGGGAGGGUGAGGACGGCCUCAGGCGGGAGCCACUCAGGCUGGAGCAUGACCCAGCGCUUCACUCCCUGGUGGGAAACAAAAAUAGAUCCCCCAGUCAUGAAUAUAACCCAAGUGAAUGGAUCUUUGCUGGUGACUCUCCAUGCUCCAAAUUUGCCAUAUAGAGACCAAAAGGGGAAAAACAUAUCUAUGGAAAAUUACUAUGAAUUAGUAUAUCGUGUUUUUAUAAUUAACAAUUCACUAGAAAAGGAGCAAAAGGUGUAUGAAGGGGCUCACAGAGUUGUGGAAAUCAAAGCUCUAGCACCUCGCUCUGGUUACUGUGCAGUGGCGGAAACAUAUCAGCCCAUGUUAGACAGAAGCAGUCGGAGAAGUGAAGAGAGCUGCGUGGAAAUUCCAUGAGGUGGG